UUGAUAAUGCUGAGCUUGUAAUAGUUUUAAAACAAGCUGGUUUUUAAAUCAAAAUUACCAAAAAUGGUUGGAAAGGGAUUCACACGCUAGAAAAGCCAGAUGUAAAGCAUGCCAAAGUUCAUUUGACAUCAGCAACAUGGGAGGGAACAUGAUAAGCAAGAAACAUGAAGACAACAUCAAGCAAACAACAAUACUACUAUCUAUACCUUUUUCAAACCACAUGAAUGGAAACCACCCAUCUUAAAAAACAAACAAACUACCAUUGUGAUUGCCAUCAGUUCAUUUUCCAGUAUCUUGUCAUUUGUUUCCUCCACUGAUGUUUUAAAAUCAAACAUUUUUUAAUGAAUUCUGAGAAAUAUGGACUGUAGUGGUUCAUUUCAUUCAAGUGAAAAUAUCACAGAACUAUUCAAGAGUGUGUUCCCUGCCUGUUAAAUUGCCCCGAGGUUUUCAUGUGUGGAAAAUAAAACAUCCUACUUAGCCAUAUAUGGGUUAGCUCCUUAUUUCACUUCCAUACUGAAGCAGAAAAUCCAGAAGUCUAAUGGGUAUAUUCUUUUGUUUCGUGAAAGCAUGAACAAAUCCCCCAAGAUGUGACAUUCAUGCUUACUUCUAGGAUGAAACACUAUCCACAAAAGAUAAAUCAAAUCAGUGUUCUUAGGCCAUGCUACUGCCAUUGAUCUAUUUAUUGUCAUAACAAACCUUGGUUCUAAGAAUCUGUUCCAGUUAUCCAUGGGUGGCCCAAAUGUUUAUUUAAUUGGAUAUUACAUGAAAUGUUAUCAACUGCAGCUAACAAACUUAAUCCAAAAUGACACCUGUUGCAACUUGGAUCUUUUGAUUUUACACACAACUCACAAUGGUUUUAGAAAUGGGUGUAAAGCAACUGAUUGGAAAUUUGAAGAAACUCUGGUAAAUUUGUGCUAUUUUUUAAAAGAUUAUCCAGCAAGAAGUGAUGACUUCAAAAGUGAGACUGGAUGCCUGGACUUUUUACAAAAAUUUUGUAAGUGCUGAUGGCUAGAGAAAUCAGUAUUGUAGAAAAGUGCUUGUUCCUGUUACCUUAACUUAUAAUGUAUGUGGGUGUUGGAAAAAAUUUGCCUAAAUUAAAGUCUUAUAACAGUAUUCAUGAAGCUGUUAGUUCCUAUCUCUUCAUCCUCAAAGCAAAGUUUUUUCCCCUUGGAGAAUUCUAGUAUAAUAAUCAGUGUUUCCUUUGAUAGCUGCAGAUUUUGUCAGGGAUUGUUGGAAAGAUCUAGCAUUUCAGAAUGACCAUAAAACAUUGCGAGCCUGGAUUUUACAGAUAAAAAGAUUUUAAAGGAAUCUUCUAAACUUAAUACUGGUUUUCUUACAAAGAAAGCCCUUAAUGAUUUAAAUGGACUUCUAGAAUUAAUCAUAAACAUUUGCUAGGCUUUAGACUUUAAUGAAGGAAUUUCCACAAUAUUAUAGUUGUGAAAAUUGUUGAGAGUUCUCUCUUAACUUGUAGCUUGGUAAGGAACAUGAGCUGUUUGAAUCUGAAAUGUUGUUAAAUGCAUCAUCCAGUGCUGGUAUGUUUUCAUAUUGUCUAAAACAUCAGGUAAAUAAUGACAGAGAGGAAGAACGGGACUGUGACACUAUUCUCAGGCAGUAAAAAGAGCUUCUCCUGAUGUCUCUGCAAUGCGCACCUUUGAUGGAAAUGGAAGAUAAGGGUAUAGGACAUACUUCGAAAAGAAGACUAGAAAGCAGAGGUCACAGAAAGGUGACAAGAAAAAGGUUGAAGAAUAUGAAUUGGAACUAAAGAUCCCAACAUAAGAAGAUCAGACUUGAGUGUGACAUUAAGCAGCUCCUUUCAUCAAUUGAUAAAAACUUUGAGGAAGGUGACAAGGAAAGAACUUUAACCUCCUCACAGUGGUCAAUUCUCUGAGAUUGGCUGUUCAAGCUUAAGAAAACGAGCAGGGGAGUGCCUAAUAGUGAAACAAACAAAGAUUUUCAGCGUUUCUCAGUGACAAGGCCAUGAAAUCUACUGAAGUGUCGUUACGUAGGAAGUCUUCUCAUAAUGGAGAUGUACGAAGCUUGGAUGAUGAGAAAUGCUCUUUGUUUUUUUGAUGAUGAACGUCGUCGAAUCGACUUUGUGUUGGUUUAUAAGCCUUCGUCAGGAAAAGAUUGUGAAAUGGGGCAAGUGUUUGAACAAAACUUGAAGGAUGAAGGUUUAGAACUGGAACAUGUUGAUAAGGGUGAAAUGGGUGUAAGCUUUGUGAAAAUCCAUGCCCCAUGGGAAGUUUUAACUCGAUAUGCUGAAAUAAUAAAGAUGAAAAUGCCGUUGAAGGAGUGUUCAAAGUAUCCUACCAUCAAAUCAAAACAAGGUUACAAAACAAUAAAUCGACAGUAUACAUCUGAAUACAGAAGAGACAAGAAAGACUUAUUUGCUGUUCCAGCAAAGAAAGAAGACUUCUUUAACCCAGGCCAACGAGCUCAAAUUGUGGACUUUAUUUUGAAGCGGAAAAGCUUCAGCAAUAAUAAGGAAGAUGAUUAUGCAUUUGGAAUAAACAAGCUCAUAAACGAUAACGUGUAUGAAGCCGCCUUUCCUUUACAUGAGGGGGAAUAUAAUUCUUCAAAUGACGAAGCUCCUCGGACAUGGUUAAUGAACAACUGGGCUGGUGUGUGGUCAGUAUGGAAAAAACAACCUCUUGAUGACAUUAAGGAAUAUUUUGGAGUGAAGAUAGGCCUGUAUUUUGCCUGGCUUGGAUUUUACACUUAUAUGCUGAUUCCCGCUUCAGUGGUAGGAGUGCUGUGUUUUUUGUAUGGGUGCCUUUCCUUGUUGGGUGAUACUCCUAGCAAGGAUAUUUGUGAGGACUACAAGGACACUAUUAUGUGUCCUCAGUGUGACAAAGAAGCAUGUAGAUUUGGAAAACUAGGCCAAACAUGCACUUUUGCAAGAAUAACUCAUCUUUUUGACAAUGGUGCUACUGUAUUUUUUGCUGUUUUUAUGUCACUUUGGGCUGUAACAUUUCUUGAAAUGUGGAAAAGGUAUUCAGCAAAGAUUACCCACCUAUGGGAUAUGACUGGUUUCGACACUUUAGAGGAACAUCCAAGGCCAGAAUAUUUAGCUAAUUUAUCAAGUAAAGAAAACUCUAAUACAAGUGUAAAUGAAACACAUGUUUCCUUUUGGAAGAGACGAGUCCCAUGCACCAUAUUUUCCUGCUCUAUGGUGUUAUUACUAGUUACAGUAGCUCUUGUUGCUGUGGUUGGUGUGAUUCUUUACAGAAUAUCCAUUCAAACUGUACUGUACUUCACUUUGAGUGGCAAUCAAACACUGACCAGCAUGGUAGCUCUCAUUACAUCGGUCACAGCUGCAAUAUUGAAUCUUGUGUGUAUCAUGAUCUUUAACCUGAUUUACGGGAGGGUAGCCACCUACCUUACUGAAUUAGGUAAGUUUUAUUUAUUUCUAAUUUUGGCAAAUCCAAAUGAAUGGAGGUUAUUUUUAUACUGUGGAACAGGAGGGUGUUUGCUGGAACUCUCUUUGCAGUUAGCUAUAAUUAUGGUAGGGAAGCAGGCCUUUAAUGCUGUGAUGGAAAUGGGUGUUCCAUGGCUCUUACGGGUUUACAAGAAGUGUUUAGUGCAUAAAAAGGGGGAGUGUGAUCAUGGAAACUGUACACCAACUCAGUGGGAGAGCGACUACAGCUUAAUAAAUCAAGAACAAACUGGUCUUUUUGGUGAAUAUCUUGAAAUGGUGUUGCAGUUUGGAUUUGUCACAAUUUUUGUGGCUGCAUUCCCUCUUGCUCCAUUGUUUGCUUUGCUGAACAACGUCUUAGAAAUCAGGCUUGAUGCUAGGAAGUUCAUUACUUUUUUCAGACGACCUGUGGCACAAAGGGUUAAAAACAUUGGUGAGUGCACGGUGAAAGUAUAUUAUUUUCUGAACUAUCAAUCCUAUAUUCUUACUUUUCAGGCAUUGAUCAUCGCCUUUACUUCUAGUUUUAUUGACCAAAUUUUCUAUUCAGUUUUAAUUUCACCAGAUGGAUCACUGAAUGGAUUUCUGAACUUUACUCUGUCAGAUUUCAAUGUCAGUGACUUUUCUGUUGAUAUGAAUAUAGUUUCUGAAACCAACACUAGUUAUGACUAUUGCAAGUAAGUGUUAAUUUUGUUUCCUUGAUAUUGUUUUAAAGUAACAGAUCAUACAAAAGAAUGUAUAUGUGAUUAAGAACCAGUGUGGUGUUUCUUUAACCCUACUGACAUGGGAUAUUCAAAGUGCACAAGACACAACCAUU